AUGUCUGGAGCGCUACUACUAGAAAUGAAAAAAGGCACCCAAGUGAGCACCGAUUUCAUUAACAAAAUCAAAGGUGCCCUACAAAAAACAGCGGAAGUAAAGGAACUCAAACCGACGAGCACGCUGGAAAUCUGGGAUCUAGACGCACUCACUACAGCCAACGAAGUCGAGGAAGCCAUACAGAAGAUCCUCCCGGACAUAGGGGACCGACUAAAAGUAGUGGUGACAAAACCAAAUAGUCGGGAACAACAAAUGUGCAUCGGUAAGAGCCCAAACAUGAAGAUCCUCCAAGCAAACAUGCACCGGAGCAAAACAGCCGACUCGCUUCUCUCUCAGCUCGUGCUAGAGAAGGCGGUUGAUGUUGUCAUCAUCAGUGAGCAGUACAAGACUCCCAACAAUGGUACAUUCCUAACUGACAACACCGGGACGGCAGCCAUCUGGCUGCCAAACAUAAACAACUUCACCGUCACAAGAAGUGGUGCCGGACAAGGCUUCGUAUGGGCACAAACUAAAAUCUGUACAAUCAUGAGCUGCUACCUGACGCCUAGUGACAGUAUAAAUGAAUUUAAGACGAAGCUAGACGCAAUAGAAGACCAAGCACAGCAGCUUGGCGGAGACUUGAUCAUCGCGGGUGAUUUCAACUCUAGAGCCAUCGAACCAGGAUGCGAGGGCACAAUCCCAGACAUCACUCUGGCGGCAGAAAGAGCAGCGAACAGACUACAGGAGUGGGGUGUCUUGAAGGACUACACGGGCAGUGACCACCAGUAUAUCUGCUUCUCCAUAAACUCAAACCAUAGACGUCGGCCCGAUCAUGAUAAGAAAACCACCCGAAGGUGGAACGCGAAAAAACUGGACACCGAGAAACUCAUCGAAGUACUCGACGCAAGGAUGGAAACAGGCGUAGACCCUAGAGACGCAAGAAGCAUAGUACGCCACACCAUGCGCGCCAUAGAGCAUUCUUGCGCCGCAGCGAUGCCCAAAACGACGAGCUUCCUUAAAAGGAAAGCUGCCUACUGGUGGAACGAGCAGAUCGCGGAGCUCCGAAGAGCCUGCCUACGCGCGAGAAAGAAAAUGACUAGAGCCAGAUCUCGAAGCAGUGCUACGGCGGAAAUCGAGGACCACAAAGAAGCUAGAAAGCGCCUUAAACUUGCCAUUGUCCACAGCAAAAAGAGCAAAUGGGAAGAGCUGCGAAACGACAUAAAUACCAACCCGUGGGUCUCGGCUACAAAAUCGUAA